GCAGGUGCUUCCUCCCAGGGCCCUCCCAAGGGGGAACCAAACCUUCCUCCUCCUCAGGCUGCAGUGUGAGCUGAGCUCCAGCCCCAGGGCUCAGGGAGGGGCUGGGCAGUCCUUGGAAGGAAACACAUUUGCAUGAGCAGCCCCUCCUCUGGCAGAGGGUGGGAAGAAAAGGAGACCUGGGGCAGCCCAGGCCCACUGGUAGGGCUCAGGGGCUCUGUCCACCAUGGCCUGGACUCUUCUCCUUCUCAUGCUCCUCUCUCACUGCACAGGUUCCCUCUCCCAGCCUGUGCUGACUCAGCCAUCUUCCCAUUCCGCAUCUCCUGGAGCGCCAGCCAGACUCACCUGCACGCUGAGCAGUGGCUUCAGUGUUGGUGACUUCUGGAUAGAGUGGUACCAACAAAAGCCAGGGAGCCCUCCCCGGUAUCUGCUGUACUACCACUCAGACUCAGAUAAGCACCAAGGCUCUGGAGUUCCCAGCCGCUUCUCUGGAUCCAAUGAUGCAUCAGCCAAUGCAGGGAUUCUGCAUAUCUCUGGGCUCCAGCCUGAGGACGAGGCUGACUAUUACUGUUGUACAUGGCAUGGCAACUCUAAGACUCACACAGUGCUCCAGACCCAUGAGGAAGUCAGACAAAAACCUCCCCUCUACUCUCCUGGCCUGGUGAAGUCACCCCUGCUGGUGACUCUGACCAAAUCUAACUCAGGGGGUGGCAUCUGUUGUCACACCAGCAGCACUGGAGCUCCCACUGACAAGCAGGUCUAACGAAGUCCUACCUUGCUCACAUUUCACAGGCAGACAUCCCUUGCUCAGGGGUAAAAUCUCUCAGUGUUGACAUAGAAGAAGGCAAGAGGGGUGGGUUGGGGUUCAUCUCAGCUCAGAGUCUAGAAGUGACUCAGAGAUGCUGCUGGUCUGAGAGUUUUAAUAUGAGCCUUGGGAUACAAUACAGGGAUGCAGAAGGGAAUUGUAUUCUCCAUAUCAGUAAUGAACCAUCAGUAAUUGAAAAGUCAAUACAUUGAAAAUAGCAUAAAACAUGAACUACUUUAGGAUAAGUAUGACAAAAAUUGUUGUUUUACACACUAGAAGUCAUAAAAUAUUGCUUAGAUGCAAGUCUUAAAGAAGACCUGAGUAAAUGCACAGAUAAUCCUUUUUUUUUUUUUUUGAGAUGGAGUCUCGCUGUCACCCAGGCUGGAAUGCAGUGGCAUGAUCUUGGUUCACUGCAACCUCCACCUCCUGGGUUCCAGUGAUUCUCCUGCCUCAGCAUUCCGAGUAGCUGGGAUUACAGGCAUGUGCCACCACGUCUGGCUAAUUUUGUAUUUUUAGUAGACAUGGGGUUUCUCCAUGUUGGUCAGGCUGGUCUCGAACACCUGACCUCAGGUGAUCUGCCCACCUCGGCCUCCCGAAGUGCUGGGAUUACAGGCGUGAGCCAACAUGCCCAGCUCAGAUAACCUUUUUUUUUUUUUUUUUUUUUUUUGUGAGAAGGAGUCAGUCUGUUGCCCAGGCUGCAGUGCAGUGGCACGAUCUGGGCUCACUGCAACCUCCCUCUCCC